UCCAGAGCUUUCUACACUAAAGGUAUAAAACUGGUUCAAGUAGAAGAGUUCAUCGAAAACUGCUCCUGAACUCAGAGUCUUCAUGAGAAACUCCGAAGGUACCGACCGACCUUCACUGACCAGGACGUUUUCCGCCUCAGAAAAAUAACGUCCAAAGUCCGAGCACAAAUUGCCACCGAUGGUUAAUUCCUCCGUCUGUGUGACCCACCUGUUGGUGGGUGUGUCUCUUUGGCUCCGCCCCUCACCUGAGCAGCAGCUUUAAAAAUGAGCAACCGGAUCGUCUCCUCUCACUCGCUCCAGAAGACAGACGGCAACUGUCUCCCUUAUCGUCAUGGCAACUACAUUCUCCAGUGGCAGCAUGUUGGGGCGAUCGUCCCUCAUAGGCGGCAUGAGCUCGUUCAGCAUGGCGGGCGGAGCAGGAGGCUCUGGUGUUAGAGUCUCUCAGGCCAGCCGGAGCUUCUCUGCAGGCGGCGGCGGCGGCUUUGGCAUCAGAGGUGGAGCAGGUGCAGGUUUCGGUGGUGGUGCAGGUUUCGGUGGUGGUGCAGGUUUCGGUGGUGGAGCAGGUUUCGGAGGUGGUGCAGGUUUCGGAGGUGGUGCAGGGGCAAACGAAAGCCUCAUCGGCAACGAGAAGUUCACCAUGCAAAACCUGAACGAUCGCCUGGCCACCUACCUGGCCAAGGUGGCGGCGCUGGAGAAGGCCAAUGCCCAGCUGGAGCUGAACAUCAGACAGUUUGUGGAGAGCAAAGUCGGACCGACCACCAGAGACUACAGCGCCCACUUCAUCACCAUCGCUGAGCUGCAGGCCAAG